AUGGAGGGGAACCUCACUGCCAUCACAGAGUUCAUCUUUCUCGGCUUCUUUGACCUCCAGGACCUGCGACCUCUUCUCUUCAUCCUGGUCUUACUCAUCUACCUCGUCACCGUGAUAGGAAAUAGUCUCAUCGUCGCCGUCACGGUGGCGGACCUGGUGCUCCAAAGCCCGAUGUAUUUCUUCCUCAGGAAUUUAUCGGUCCUGGAGAUCUGCUACACCUCGGCCGUCAUCCCCAAGACCUUGUCCGACCUCCUCUCCGAGCGCCAAGCCAUUUCCUUCCUGGGCUGUGCCGCCCAGAUGUACUUCUUCCUCCUCUUCGGCAACUCGGAGUGCUGCCUGCUGGCCGUGAUGUCUUACGACCGUUACGUGGCCAUAUGCCGCCCCUUGCGUUACUCCCUCACCAUGAGCCGGAAAGUCACCGUUAGCUUGGCGGCGGCGGUGUGGAUAGCAGAGAACAUGGUGGCCCUUGAGCAAACGGUGGCCAUCUUCACGUUGCCCUUCCAUGGUCCAAACACAAUUGAGCACUUUUUCUGCGACGUUAUGCCCGUGCUCAAGCUGGCGAGCUCCGACACGUCCCUGAACGAUAUUAUUAAUGCCCUGCUCACCGUCGCAUUCAUCAUAGUCCCCUUCCUCCUCAUCAUUGCCUCCUACGUCGGCAUCCUCGCCGCCAUCUUGAAGAUGCGCUCAGGGGAGGGGAGGCACAAAGCUUUCUCCACCUGCUCCACACACCUCAUCACGGUUACCUUGUUUUACGGCAGCUGCUUCAUCACCUACAUGAGGCCCAGUUCCAGCGGUUCUGUGGACACCAACCGAGCGAUCGCCCUGUUCUACACCGUCGUGACGCCAAUGUUCAACCCAAUCAUAUACAGCCUGAGGAACAAAGAUGUCAAGGAAGCGCUGAAGAAACUCCUGGGCUGGAGUAGGACAUCUGAGUGCUAA